CACGAGAGCGAGAUCAUCCACCUCCUCUACCUGUGCGCCUACCUCCAACAACCCGGCCGCUCCAUCUGAGACGUCACGGAAACAGGCAUGACGGUCUUCUGGCCGUAAUUCAUCGAGGAUUCCUAUGACGGCUCUACAUUCCCCGUCGUUCCUGUCCAGCUGUUCCUGGGCGAUUGUGAUAAGGCGCAGGUGUCUGAGUCACUGAAGCAUCCUGUCGGGAGGCCGCUGAGUACGUUUCCACGCCGGUGACGGGGGGAUGCGUGGAGGAGAGUCCCCGUUACGUAUGUGACUACAACGAAGGAUUAUUCGGUCCCGAGGGGGUAUCAGGAGUUCAUGUUGGGGAGGGCGAAGGCGGAGGGGGUGGAUGUUAGGGUUGUGGAGGUGGAUACAACGUAUAGUAUGUUUUUGUCCGGGUUCUGGGGGAGGUUGUGGGGGAUGAGAGUGAUCCUUGAGAGGGGGGCAGGGCGGUCGUGCCGUUUGAGGUAUAGGAGUAGUAGGGGCAGAGGGUCGUUGAUGGUGACUGGGUAGGAAAAUGAGUGAGAUUUGUGGUAUAAUAUAUAUAAUGCCUUGUGGUGGUGGUUUUCUGUGAUGGGGACAGAGAGUGGUAAUUAUAUAUUUCUUUGGGGGGUCGCUAUUUUCGGCUCAAUAUAUAGGUACUCAAUACACCGUGCAGGCACUUUGACUUCGGAAUACUCAUACUAUCGGUG